AUGGAAGGAUUUCACAUUCCUGGGGACCUCUACUAUCCCAACCAAGGAAAUGGAGGUUGGAUUGAGGACGACCCAGAAGAGGAUCCCGAAGAGGAAAUUCCCGAGGAAGAACCAGAAGAGGAAUCCGAAGAGGAUCCUGAGGAAGACCCAGAUGAAGAGUCAGAAGAGGAAGGAGAUGAUUCUCUCCAGGCUGCUGCACAAAAGAACGCUCAAACAGUUAGUGCCUCUGUUGACAAUCUCACCAGCUCGCUUCAAGCUGAGAAGAAGCACUUUGAAGAAGCCCACCAAAGUCUCAAGUCUGACAACACAGAGCUUCAAACAACAAUCCAUGACCGUCUUGAUAAACUCGAAGCGGAACUUGCCUUGGAAAACAAAGCCAUGGAUGACCUUGCCCUCUAA